GUCACUCCUGUCAGCACUGGCCGGCUGCCAGACCGCCUGAGCCAGACAGCUGAGGACCCGAAAGACGGAAAGACGGGGGAUCCCGGCCCAGCACGCCCAUUUAUUGACCCAAAUCUCGGCCUGUUUGCUGCGCGCAAUGGCAAAGACGUACGAUUACCUCUUUAAACUGUUGCUUAUCGGUGACAGCGGCGUGGGGAAGACGUGUCUGCUGUUUCGAUUCAGCGAAGACUCUUUCAAUACCACCUUCAUAUCCACCAUAGGCAUAGACUUCAAAAUCAGAACAAUAGAGUUGGACGGAAAGAGAGUCAAACUUCAAAUUUGGGACACUGCAGGCCAGGAGCGCUUUCGCACCAUCACGACAGCUUACUACAGAGGAGCCAUGGGAAUCAUGCUCGUCUAUGACAUCUCCAACGAGAAGUCAUUUGAAAACAUUCAAAACUGGAUCAGGAAUAUUGAAGAGCACGCCUCAUCGGACGUUGAGAAGAUGGUCCUGGGUAACAAAUGUGACAUGACUGAUAGGCGGCAAGUGUCCAAAGACAGAGGUGAAAAACUGGCUAUUGAUUACGGCGUCAAGUUCCUGGAAACCAGUGCAAAGACGAGUCUGAACGUAGAAGAGGCGUUUUAUACCAUGGGAAGAGACAUCCUGCACAAUCUGAGCUCAAAGACAACUGAAAACAGUGCUGGAGGAUCUGGAAAAGCAGUCAAGAUCACUGAGAAGAAGUCCAAGAGGAUCAAAUUCCUCAAGUGUACGCUCAUCUAGACCGCCCGGUGCACACUCUUGUGUGACUUUGCUCUUUUCGGGGGCGCUCUUUGCUCUUCAGUGUAACUUUGGAGGGGGCUCCUCAGUUUUGCCGGGGUGGGGGAGGCGGGAGGGGGAGCUCAGCCCCAGCUCGAGCCCACGGGUUCCCACACACAAGGGCUCGUCUGACUUGAAGACGCUCGACGAGGAACUGAGGUCUGAAACUGUGAUGGUCAACUGUGAUGGUCAGUUAGGACUUGUUUGUAGCCGACGCCUCCGAGGAGUCUUGUUUUCUGUUUCGACAUUACCUCACUUAUUCAAACCAUAGUGUUCUUAUACAUUUACAAUAACAAAUGCCUCGCAUUUAUUCACUUUGUAGCACUACUUUUAUACCUUGUGCCAUAUUGACCACGAGGAUGCUGUGCGACAUGCAUAUCAAGUCCCAGCAAUGAUUGUAUCUGUGUAUAUAAGUUCAUGACUUGAAGGCAUUAGAAUAGAUGUAUAAAUGUAUAAAGUUAAUGUGUUGUUUAAAAAAAUAAAAAAAAUUAUAACUUA